AUGCCCGCUCCUAUCGCAAAGGGGAUUAUUGUGACGGUCUCCGUCCUGGUGGCAGCUGGAGUCGCUGUCUACCAGUCUCCGCAGUUCCAACAGUGGGUGACCACAUCUCGACGUAAAAUCGCCUUGGCCUUGCACAACCUGGGCGAUGAGAUUCAACCGCGUGACUCGACCUCUCCCCUUCGAGAAGAUAUAUCCAUGACGGAAGAGGUUGGAGAGGCAGCGGAAGAACGCAGACGCAUUGCCAAGGCGGAAAUAAUGCGGCGGGCCACUCUCCUGGGGUCCCGCCGAAAGAGCAAGGACUCUCAACAACACCUUGGCAGCUUCGACACUCUUGUAGACGUGGAUGGAAACCUUCGCAGUUCGAGUGGCGACCUUGAUCAGUCGGAUGCUAACCCCGCCGGUCACUCUACCGGGGUGGAUACCGGUGUUUCCCAGCCAGUUCACCGAGGAAUGAUGUCCAACGAGGCCGAUAGCCCGCGUACCGGACAAAGCCAACUCCAUCUCGAUAUACGUUCAGAGACGACAUCCAACCAUCCCUCGGAGUCUAUCAUACAGUUUACACCAACCUCCGAGGUGCCAUCCGAAUUACUAUUUGAUCCUUUCGCUGACUCCCCCGUACGAGCACAGACACCCGUGUCUGUCGCAGCAUCCAGCCACACCGAGGGCAACGACCAGGUUUACUAUGCUCACCCCGAUUUGCAAUCCAACUUUGGCCAGCCCCAAGACUUGCUUACUGAGCUUGACGACUUUAGACAGGACAACCAGUUCCAGCAUCCUGUUUCGUCCGCACCAUCGAUUGCUGGAAGCUACGGACACAUCGAUGGUAUCAAUGAUUUGUCCUCUGAUGGAACCCUGAGUGACCUGGGUGGGCACUCAGUAGGUAUCGCAACGCCCGCCAGCUGGUCUGAGGUUGGGAGUGUAGUUAGUAAUGAUGAUGCUGAACAUCAUCAUCUUCUGUAA